AAGUACAAUUACAAGUUGUUGCUGGAAGCUGCUCUCUUCCAAGGGAGCGAAUUGAAAAUACACGGAGACCAUUAUGGUAAUGAUGGGGUUCUGCGGGGGGGGGGGGGAACUGGAAGUGAGUUUGGGGUGAGUUUGCUCACAAACCCCCUCCAGAAGCCACCACCGCUGCUCUCGCCUCCUUGCCUCGCUCCCCAGCAGCUCUUCCAGGCUCCCUGGGGAUGCCAAGAAAACACCUGGGAGAGGAGCUGAGAGCAAACUGGCUCCUGGGGCUGGCCGAGGCUGUGGUCAGUGCUGGGGGAAGGCUGCAUCCUGCACCGCUGCGCUCCUGCGGGCUGAGCCCAUCACGUGCCUGGGACGGUCCAAGGUCCGGCCAGGCAGGGCUGUGGAGGCGAGCACCAGCAGCCUGCAGUGACAUGGGGAGCCUGGUUUUCCUCCUCGGUAUGCUGCAGCUCCUUGCUGCUGCCAUGGCUGCGUACAAGCAGUGGAUUCCCAACACCAAUUUUGAAACCGCGUCCAACUGGGAUAAAGAGCGGGUCCCGUGUGCCAGCGAUGUGAUUCAUUUUGAGAAGGACAAGGUGCUCUCGGUCUUCGUCGGGUCUCCCCACGCGGUGACGGACAUGUUCCUCCCCCUGAAUGGAGAGCUCCUCCUGGCACCUGGCGCCGGAUUCGCGGCUUUCGACGGCAGCUGGGACGCGGGAUGUGGCUCAGGCACGGUGCUGAGGUUCGCCGACGCUGAGCAGCGCUCCUGGUUCAACCCCGCGCUGUGGCAGGAUGUGUCCCCUGCUGGGGACCAGGAGCCAGCUGGGCGCAUCUUCUCCGUGGACGAGGAGCGAGUCCCGUGCCAGUACGACGAUGUUAUCUUCCAGCCCGAAACCUCCUUCCGUGUGAACCUCGACUCAUCGCAGCAAGUGAUCCGUCUCCGGAGCAUCUCGCUCAUGGGACAGGAGCUGAGCAGUGCUGAGGCUUGGGCCGAGUACCUGGGGGGCCCCUCGGCCCUGCGGCAGUUCCACGGCAAUGGCACCCUGCAGGUGACAGGCGCCCGCUGUCCCCACAGCUCUGGCUGUGCCUGCGGGAACACCCAGGACGGACACCGCAUCUGCGCGUCCCUGCUCGGGGCAGGGGGGUGCCCGGCGCUGCCCUGCCAGAGCCCCCUGCGGCCCCUCGGCCACUGCUGCGGGGUCUGCGGAGCUGUUGUCACCCUGGAUUUCACACCCGAUUUUGACCUGCAGAAGUACCAGGACAGAGUGCUGCGAGCCUGGCUCAGCCUGCCCAAGUACGAAGGCGUUCAGAUGGCCAUCUCCAAGGUGCACAGAGCUCAGACCUUCCUGGGACUCCUCCCACGGGGCUCCACGCCCGUCAUCCAAAUCGUGCUGGUCGAUGGCGGGGCCGGAGAGCAGGCUGGCACCGCGGCACAGCAGCUGGCUGCAGACCUCGUGGGCGACGUAGCACAGCACGGUGAAGCACUUGGCAUUUCAAGCAGCAGAAUGGAGGUGGCCACCGGCAGCACCCUCAGUGGGCAAGCAGGAAGCCGCGCAGCGAGGAGAAUUGCAGUGGGGACGGUCCUGGGGCUGCUCUCCAGUCUCCUGGUGCUGGGAGGGGUCCUCUUUCUCUACCGAAAGAGGCCGUGUCCCCUGCGCCUCACCCGCCUCCGGGACCAAGCAGAGGACCCGGCCCCCCCUGAGCCAGCGAGUGACAAAGGCUUCGACAACCCCAUGUUCGACGUGGAACCGCUGGACACCGGCUCCGUGGAGGAGGCACCGCAGGAGCUGGCUCCCAAAGCCCAGCCCAUGUUCUACCUCAACCCCCUGUACGACCCAAGUGAGACCGAGACUUGACGGCGAGGCCUGGUGCCCAGGCAGCCAGGAGGGCAGCCACAAGCAGCAGAGCCCAGAUGAAUAAAACCAGCCGUGUGGUGAAGGAAA